AACUAUUCCAAAAAAGCGAAUAAUCUUUCGAUUUUGGUUAAUUAAAUAAUUAAUUAUCUGAAUCAAAGGAACCCUAACCUUCGUUCGGAUCAGUAUCAUCAUUGUCACCCCACUUUUCCUUCUAUUAUUAUAAUGCUAAUCAUAAUUAAAUCAAAAUCAAAAUAUAAUAUAAUACAUUAUGGCGUUUGGGCAUUUGAUGCCGUGAGUGUAACUGUUUUGCCAAAGCGUUUCCUUGGAUGGAAAAUAGAGGUGAGAGUGCCGAUGCUGAGCUUCAACUUGACGCUGAUUUUGUGCCGGUUCCUGCCCAGACAUGUACUGGAAAUGAAAAGAGUAACAAGGCCUCCCGGAUUCCUCAGUCUAGACGACCUAAUUUAUCCUCACUGCAAAUACCAGCAUGGUCACUAGAUAUUGCAUUAUCUACUUUUGCAAAGACUGAUGGUCCUUCGGUUUCACGAUCAAGUCCUGGUUCCACAAGAGGACUUCCCCCAAGGCCAAAUUCAGCCAAAGUCAGGUCUUCAAUGAGAGGUUUACUUCCUCAGAGGAGCUUCAAGAUAAAUGCCUGUUCCCAGGAUAUUGAAAGGACAGGUCUCAUAGUUCCCAACACUCCCCCAUCAGAUGCUCCUUUGGACAAACCUUCCACUUCAACUUCUCUGUCUCUUAAUAAUAGGGUUAUCUCCCCAUCAACAAAAGUUUCACAUUCAUUACCAGUUACUCCAUUUGCAACUUCAAGUGCAGAGAAUGAACAUGGAAGACAUCUAGGGCGUGAUUCUGAUUUAAGUACAAUGGAAGUUCAUCAGCAUAUGACACGAUCAUUUUCAGUCCCAGUUGAUGGCAAAGCCACUAAUUUAAGGGUUACAGAUUCUAGGGGCUUGAUUCGUGUAAUUUCAGCAAAACGACAUCUUGAAACUGUUGGUGGAAAGUCAACUGAUGGUGCUUUCGUUCCAGAGAUUGCCAUUGAAGAUGCUACUGAGGAUAUUCCAGAGGAACAAGCAGUUUGCAGGAUUUGUUUGGUGGAGCUUGGGGAAGGAGGGAAUACACUUAAGAUGGAAUGCAGUUGUAAAGGUGAUCUUGCACUUGCUCACCAAGAAUGUGCAGUAAAGUGGUUUAGUAUUAAGGGAAACAGGACCUGUGAUGUCUGCAAGCUGGAUGUCCAGAACCUCCCAGUAACACUGUUGAAAAUUUAUAAUCCUCUAACUCCUGCUAGGCAGGCAUCAAAUGUGCCACAACAGUCAGAAAUAGUUUAUUACAGCUAUUUCAUGCAUAACAGGAUCUGGCAGGAUGUACCAGUACUUAUCUUGGUCAGCAUGCUUGCGUACUUUUGUUUUCUAGAGCAACUACUGGUUUCAGAUUUGGGACCUCGUGCUCUUGCCAUUUCAUUACCAUUCUCCUGUGUUUUAGGUCUCCUUUCAUCUAUGAUUGCAUCAACCAUGGUGAGCAGGAGUUUCGUAUGGGCUUAUGCUUGCUUCCAGUUUGCAACUCUUAUCCUGUUAGCUCAUGUAUUUUAUACUAUUCUCAAUUUUAAUGCAAUUCUCUCCAUUCUCCUUUCUACGUUCACUGGAUUUGGGAUUGCCAUCAGUAUGAAUUCUCUCGUUAUGGAAUUCAUCGGAUGGAGAACUAGCAGGCAGGUUCAAUCCUCCUUUGUAAAUGUUAACUGGACAGAGCAGCAGCAUCGUGAGCAUGUACAAGAACAGGGACAGGAAGAUGGAGGACAACAUCAGCGACAAAGACAACAAGAGCAUCAUCUGCCGCAGCAUGGCAACAGUUGAUACAACUGAUUCAGGGCAGUCUUCCUCAGUUAUGAAGACUUUUGUUCUUUUUCUUUCUUUUUUUACUAACUUUUUACACUAAAAACAUGAGGAUUUCCACUUGAAAGUGUGAAUCAUGAUAUUUGUUAACAUAGUUAAACGUUACUUUUGUAUGUUAUACUCUUUCCUUUCACUGACAAGCAAUCCCAUCGACUAAUUCAACCCCAUCAAUGAAAACAUCCUCAAGUUACUACCA